AUGACACUUUGUCAAUAUGGAAGUUUUGGUUAUUUGAUGAAUGCUGCAACAAAACGUGCACUAACUGCUGAAGGUUUUAAAGAUAAAAAUCCAUUUCGUUUUUCUGAUAUUUUCAUGACUGGCAUUAUACCUGAUCGUCUAAAUUUUGUAUGUGAAAUUAUGCCAUUUAUUAUUCAUCAAGGUACAAUGGAGCAAUGUAUGGGAUUUGUAAAAAAUAAUUCGGUAGAAAAUCCUCCACCAUCUACUACACCACUUCUCGUGUGUUCAACUGGUCGUCAUUUAGGAAAUAAUGCAUUCUCGGAUUAUUAUAGAAUGUGGACAGCUCUUAAACUUAUCUAUGCUAAUAGAUUAAAACCAAAAAAUCAAUAA